GGUUUAAGAAAUGGUGGGUGGUUUUUAGAGGGUUUUGGCGAUCAGAAAAGAGACAGAGAAGGAGAGAGAAAAUAAAGGUUGCGUCCGAAACAAUAUUUUUCUUGGAGGAGAGAGAAAAAUGGGAUGGGAGAACAAAAUUUCGAAUUUUUUGGCCAAGGUUUCUACAUGAAUUCUCGGACAAUUGUCCGAUCUUACAUUAGCCUGUAAAUCCUCCUGUCGUUUGUCGUGAAUUUCAUUUGCUCGGUGAAACACAAUUUCUACUUUCAACGGUUUCUGCUUUUGCUCUAUCAUACAGGGAAAUUGUUCUGCACAGGCUACCACUCUUGGUUUCUCUUAGCAAAGUGAUUUGUAGGAUCAGUCAAAUACUGCUGGUUUUUGAGGGUGAUGAGUUAUUCUUGGUAUGAUAUCUGAGAAAUGGUGUUGCAGAAGAGGUUAGAUUACGGAUUUAAUGGCUAUCAGGUCCCUGCCACUCCCCGAGCUACCAGAUCGGCAAGGAGGAGGGGUUUAUUUAGGAAAAAAGUUGAAGACAAUCAAAUGUUCGCAUUUGAUUUAUUGGCUACAGUAGCUGGCAAAUUAUUGCUGGAGGGAGAAAAAUCUCCGGAUUCUGUUAAUACAUCUAAUGGAAAAGAGCAGUGUGUUAUUGCUGAAGAUCAAGUAAAAAAUGAAGGACAUGCUGAGGAUAAACCAUUGAAAAUAGAACCUUGUGAUCAAGGAAACUCGGGUGGGAGUUUCAUUGUUUCUGAGCUUUCCUCACAAAUGCCUAGUCAAAAAUACUGUCUGAGGGAAUUUCCACGUCCUCAGAAUGAUGCAUGCUCAGCACUUGCUUCUGUUAUAACUUCUGAUUGCUCAGAGAAGGUUGGAUGUGCAGAGAAAUUGGUGAUUGGAAAUGGCAAGAAUGAAACUGAAAGUUUUGCUAGCAAAGUCGAGGUAGGCUCCUCAGGAUUCAGGGAGUUUAAUGACCGGAAAUUAGAGAAUGAAACUAAAAGACAGAUUAAAGUAGAACCAAUUAAGACUGGAAGGGCAAUACUCAAUACUGGGGCCGGUAUGUUCGGAUCAGAGGACCCGGUGGUUUGGGAUGGGAAACCUUCUGUACUUGUCAGUUCAAACAGUAGUGCUGAAGUCCCUCCAUGCAGAGAUAAUAUUCCUUGUGGUUCUUUUCCCCUAUGUCGGGGUGAUGUAAAAGUAGUUAGUAGAGAUGAUGACGAUAACUCUUCUGGGUGCACUCAACCUAGCACCUCGACAAAGUCGUUCAGACCCCUGCCACGUAUUGGAGACCGGAGAAUAAGAAAGUUAUUAGCAUCCAAAUAUUGGAAAGUGACCCCAAAAUUGAAGGAGGAUGGACUUUCUAAUGUUGAUGGGGAAGUAAAGCCCAUUUACCGCAACAAAAGGAACUGUUACAAACGCCAGAGGUCUCAAAGAAAUUAUCCCUUCAAAAAGAGGAAACUUCUUUAUUGUAGUUCUGUAUCAAAUUCAGAAGGAGGAAAUGGUAGUCAAAGAAUUUCUGAUUCACCUCAGAUGGGCAUUAACAGUGAUGCUUCUGGUUCUGGUCUCAAAUUGCAUGGAGGCAUUAGCACAUCAGCUUCAGUAGCAGGCCAACACACAUCAUUCAUAUCCAGGGAUUCUCACGUGAAGCUUAGGAUCAAGUCUUUCAGGGUGCCAGAGCUCUUUAUAGAGAUUCCAGAAACUGCAACUGUUGGUUCCCUCAAGAGGACAGUUAUGGAGGCAGUGACUGCUAUACUUGGAGGUGGACUACGUGUCGGUGUGCUUCUUCGAGGCAAGAAGGUUAGGGAUGAUAGCAAAACCCUGCAGCAGACUGGAAUUUCUCAAGAUGACCAGAUGGAUGCUUUAGGAUUUACCCUGGAGCCUAACCCUUCACAAGCUCCCCAAGCUCUGUGUCCAGGAGAUAAUCCCUUUCUGCUUCCUUACGACACACCUCAGCCUCUAAAAAGGUACCCACCCACUCCCACGGUAGCUCAUCAGGGAACUUCUGAUGCCUCUCCUGAUCCUCCAGUGACUAAUUUAUGCGACUUUGUUGAAAGUGAUCAUGACUCAGCACCCUCUCCUGACACUGACAUGUCAAUUGACAAAAGUGUAACAGAUUCUAAAGCGCUGGUGUCUGUUCCUGCGAUGAGUAUGGAGGCACUAGCUGUGGUUCCUGUGCACCGAAAAUCCAAGCGAUCUGAGAUUGUGCAACGUCGAAUUCGUCGACCUUUUUCUGUUUCUGAAGUGGAGGCACUAGUUCAAGCAGUCGAGAAACUUGGAACUGGAAGGUGGCGUGAUGUGAAACUGCGAGCUUUUGAUAAUGCAAAACACCGAACUUAUGUAGAUUUGAAGGACAAGUGGAAAACUCUGGUGCACACGGCAAGAAUAUCCCCUCAGCAAAGGAGGGGUGAGCCUGUUCCCCAGGAACUCCUGGAUAGGGUCCUAACUGCCCACGCUUACUGGUCUCAACAGCAAGCCAAACAGCAGCUCAAACACCAAUCGGAGACCUGCCUUCUCCUCUGAAGAAUGUGAGUUGGUGGCAGAUGAAAGAAAACCGGUGGUGGGGGUGGGGGGUGUUGUCUAAUUGUCUUGUUCAUUUUAGUUAUGAUUAUGUCAUGUAAAAAGGUAAUGACACCAGCAAAAAGGGAAAAAGUCUGAAGAAAUUCAUGUAAUAUUUCUUUGCUCUAACCGUGAUUCUUUUCCCAUUUGGGAAGAUUCGCGCCUGUAAAUGGUCGACAGAAUAAGAGCCUUUGCUAACGGAAUUCAUUUCGAACGCCAACACUGGCGUUUGUUCUCUGUUCA